CAUUUCACAAUGGUUUCUUCUAGCCUUUUCCUCGUCACCGCGUUCGUCACGUUUGCUCUGUAUCUGCUAGUCACGUCAAUUGUAGACGCUCCUUACAUGGACGAAGUGUUUCACAUUCCUCAGGUUCAGCAUUAUUGCGCUUACAAUUUCACUGAAUGGAAUCCGAAGAUCACCACUCUUCCAGGCGUCUAUAUCAUCUCUAUAUUGCUAUUCUCUCCUGUCGCAGUGCUGACAGGCCAUGAGUUGAUCUCUAUAUGUAGUGUGUCUGUCAUCAGACUGACCAACGUUUUGUUAUGGAUGGCAAACGUGUGGCUCUCUUAUUGUCUCUAUUUCACUCUAAAUCACAGAGUAUUUAAGAUUGGAUCUUGUCGAAAUGAGGACAGAGCGUCUAAACGUCCAUAUGGCGUACAGAAUGUGUACCAGAGUGAAGUGGACGACGCUGCGAAGAUGAAGAAGGAAUCAACAUUGAAGGAAAAGUGUUUUGUCGAAUCUCUGGUCGUCAGCUUGUUUCCUGUGCUUUAUUUCUUUACGUUUUUGUAUUACACGGAUAUGGCGUCGACCUUCUUCGUCUUGCUCACCUACUAUUGUGCUAUAUCGGGUCAUCAUUUCUUGUCAGCAACAGCGGGUGCCGCUGCUGUUUUAUGUCGUCAGACCAACAUUGUAUGGGUCGGGUUUUCAGCCGCCGUGGCCGCUUUAUUGGAUGUUUCAGUUGCCGUAGAAGCGGCUGUGACGACAACUGAGAAAGACAACACAACGACGUCGACGUCAUUUAUCGAUAUUAUUCAGCAGUUUGUGAUGCAAUUUAUGAGAAGACUGAAGACUUUGAUCUACAUUCUCUAUCCCUAUCUAGUUGUCUUGCUUGGGUUUUUGGAGUUCGUGUAUGUCAAUGAAGGCGUCGUGGUGGGAGAUCGAUUGAGUCAUCAACCUGCAUUUCAUCCUCCUCAACUUCUCUACUUCUAUGCGUUCACCACAUUGUGGUCAUUCAGUCAAUUCGUUUCUCUCUCCAGUAUCCGCAUGCUUUUCACGUGGUUGUGGAGGCAUACAAUAACCAGCAUUUUGCUAACGACAACGUUGACCCUUUUGUGUUUCAUUUCGGUUAGUAACUUCACGAUUGUCCAUCCAUAUUUGAGAGACGACAACAGACACGUGGCGUUCUACGUUUGGCGGAAGCUGUUCGCUCGACACGAAGUCAUGAAAUACGUUUGGAUUCCUGUCUACGUGUCGUCCAUCCUUCUUAUCCACACAAAGUUGACUCACGAUUCUGUGAUGUCACAGACAACGUUGAAUGUCCGUUUGUCCCAAUGUGUUUCCAUACUGUGGCAGACGCUCUUCGUAGUGUGCACUGCACUGCCGCUUGUCUUGCAAAAAUUAUUGGAACCUCGUUAUUUUAUUAUGCCAUAUCUCGUGUUAAGACUGCACUUACGUGCUCACACUCAGCGUUUACCGUUGAUUCUUGAAUUUCUCCUCUAUGUUCUUGUUAAUGUCUCUCUGCUGUCUCUCUUUCUCUUUGUGCCGUUUGAAUGGCAACAUGAACCAGGGAUAGCACAACGAUUUGUGUGGUAAAUGAUUAGAUCACAGAGUUUGCUGUUUACCGUUAUUUCUACUCUGUAUUGAUGGUGUGACUGUCUUCUGAUUCCCUGUUUUGUAGACAGACAAGAAUAACAAUAGAUCUGCAUUUUGUGUACAGAACAGAAA